AUGGGGGAUAUUGAAGCAUAUGCUAAGCUUGAAGGCCCAGAAGUCCAAGCUUACAUUCAAGAACUUAAAGUUACUUUAGGGAGAAAACAAAGUGGUAAAGGCGUCUUACACAUAGGCGACCAUAAAAAAAUCUCAAAAGAGCAUGCAGAGAUAUCCUGAUCCCAAGAAAAAAGAAAAUUUCAAAUAAAAUGCUUACUCCCCCCCCCCCCCCCCUCCGUGAGCGAACAAAACCAUUAGAAAAAUCGCCAUUUUUUGACCAAAAACCCACCCUCCGUGAGUGAACAAAAAUUUUUUUAAUAGAAAAAAUUUUAAUGGAAAAAAAUUUUGAUAUAUAAGUGAUAAUUAGUAUAAUGAAAUCUAGAGCUAAUUCUGUUUAAUUUUAAACAAAUUGCGUUUUAAAACAUAAAUUUUGCAAAUUAAAUUAAUAUUUGCUUCCCAAUUUUUGCAAAUUAGGGAUUUUUUUAAAUUUCGAAAAAAAUAUUUUUUUAUAAAAUUUAUAUAUAAAUUUUUUUAAAAAAAAAAAAUUAACCCCCCUCCGUGAGCGAACAAAAUUUUUUUGUUCGCUCACGGAGGGGGGGGGGGGGAGUUAAGCAAAAAUUCUUUAAGAGUUAACAAGCGGAAAGUAGACUUAGAAUCUCCACCUGUUGAUUUAGAAAACAAAGACGCGAUUCGGAUAGCAAAUACUUGUUUUUAUUUUCUACUGCCGAUUGAUAGCCCGCCUCAACAGACACCAUCUUCAGAAACUCAAUUCCACGGGGUAACAAAUGAACCAAAAGAUAUUACAAUUUCAUCAUAA